AGCCACCCGUGGGCGUUCAUUGAUUUGUCCUUGUGGAUUAUUCUUGCUGGCCAGCUAGAAACUUUCCCAAAUUUAGUCUUUGUCACGUUUUAUAUAAUAUAUAUAUAUAUAUAUUAUUAUAAUAUUUAUUACCGUAAGUGUCUCCUUUGGAGAAAUUAUGGCUAGUAAAGUAUUCCCUUUCAUAAAGUUGGUGACAAAGGUGACCGUGGCUGGGGGUGCCUGCUAUGUCGCCUAUGACUCCGGCUUACUGGGAGAGAGUGAGAAAGGUUCUGAAAUCCUCAGCAAAGCUAAGGCCGCCAUUCCCCCGGCUGUGGAGGAGUGGAUGAAAUACUUCGGUUUUGAGCUCCCCGCUCCUCCUAAGAUAGACUUCUCCCCUACGGAGACAUGGAAUUUCGGAGUGCAGAAGUCCAUAAGCACACUUUCGAUCGCCCCCACCAGAGCGUGUGAAUAUACCAACAAAGGCAUCCAGUACCUAAAAGAUUUGAGCAAGUGAGCAUUUAGAGCAGAAGGUUAUGGACUUCUUGGUGCCACGUUUAUGGGUGAAGAUGUUGCACACAGUCAGGCUCAUGGUGAAAGAAUACUGCAUAUUCGCCAUUGUUUCCUAAUAAAAUUGGGGUGCAUUUUGAAGUCUCCAAUUCUUGCAAAAGUUCAAAAUUAAAUAAAAAUAAACAGAGAAAGCAUUGAGGACACCGAUAAGAUCGACGAUACCGGUCCUGUGUUACUUUCUUUAUUUUAUCAAAAUAUUGUCUGGUCUGUAUUAUUACCUUCCUCCAUAUGUGUAAACCAUCCUUUUGUAUAUAUCCUAAUUCACUCUUUUGUGAUACUUUAAAUGUGAUCCCCAGAUAUUGUAAUUGCAUGGUGCACCAAAUAAGACAACGGUGGUGUAAAUUAGGACAAAUUUAUUGAUUUUUUUUUCCUGAAAUAAAAUUACAGACAAAAUUGCUUGGGUAACUUUUAUAAUUUAUGAUUUUGACAAUUAAACAAGUAAAUUAUCAUGAAUAACAAUGACAUUUUUUCAGUAUAUCUUUGUAUUGAAGAUUGUUGUUUCUCCUAAAAAUAAUGAUAAAAAUACAGUUGAUCAUCA